CCCCACUCCUCGGGUGGCCCGCGGAGGGUGACGAGCGCCCCCUGGCAGGCGCCGCCCGCGGGGCGCACCCAGCGAGCGCUCGUCCCGCGCCGGUCCCCGCGCCACCGGAGCAGCAGCGGCGCCGCGCACGGACCGCGGCCGCGACACCAGGGAGUGACUAUGUCACCGUUUCUUCGAAUUGGUUUGUCCAACUUUGACUGUGGAGCCUGCCAAUCUUGUCAGAGUGAAGCCAUUAGCCCUUACUGCGCUGUGUUGGUCAAAGAAUAUGUUGAAUCAGAAAAUGGACAAAUGUAUAUCCAGAAGAAGCCAACUAUGUACCCACCCUGGGAUAGCACUUUUGACGCCCACAUCAAUAAAGGAAGAGUGAUGCAGAUCAUUGUGAAGGGCAAAAAUGUGGACCUCAUAUCCGAGACCACCGUAGAACUCUACUCACUGGCCGAGAGGUGCAGGAAGAACAACGGGAGAACAGAAAUCUGGCUGGAGCUGAAACCUCAAGGCCGAAUGCUGAUGAAUGCAAGAUACUUCCUGGAAAUGAGUGACACAAAGGACAUGAGUGAAUUUGAGACCGAAGGCUUCUUUGCUUUGCAUCACCGCCGAGGAGCCAUCAAACAGGCCAAAGUCCAUCACGUCAAGUGCCACGAGUUCACUGCCACCUUUUUCCCUCAACCCACAUUUUGCUCUGUCUGCCAUGAGUUUGUCUGGGGUCUGAAUAAGCAGGGCUACCAGUGUCGACAAUGUAACGCAGCAAUUCACAAGAAGUGUAUUGAUAAAGUUAUAGCCAAAUGUACAGGAUCAGCUAUCAAUAGCCGAGAAACUAUGUUCCACAAGGAGAGAUUCAAAAUUGACAUGCCACACAGAUUUAAAGUCUACAAUUACAAGAGCCCAACCUUCUGUGAGCACUGUGGGACCCUGCUGUGGGGACUGGCAAGGCAAGGACUCAAGUGUGAUGCAUGUGGCAUGAACGUCCAUCAUCGAUGCCAGACGAAAGUAGCCAACCUCUGUGGUAUAAACCAGAAGCUAAUGGCUGAAGCUCUAGCAAUGAUUGAAAGUACUCAACAGGCUCGCUCCUUAAGAGAUUCAGAACACAUCUUCAGGGAAGGUCCAGUUGAAAUUGGUCUUCCAUGCUCCACCAGAAGUGAAACCAGGCCGCCAUACCUACCGACACCCGUGAAAAGAGGUAGCCAUUGUGAGCCUCAGGGAAUCUCCUGGGAAUCUCCAUUGGAUGGGACUGAUAAAAUAUGUCAUCAUCCAGAACCAGAAGUGAACACAGAACGACCAUCUCUACAUAUGAAACUGAAAAUUGAGGAUUUUAUCUUGCACAAAAUGUUGGGAAAAGGAAGUUUUGGCAAGGUCUUCCUUGCAGAGUUCAAGAAAACCAAUCAAUUUUUCGCAAUAAAAGCUUUAAAGAAAGAUGUGGUCUUGAUGGACGAUGAUGUUGAAUGUACAAUGGUGGAAAAAAGAGUCCUCUCCUUAGCCUGGGAGCAUCCUUUUCUGACACACAUGUUUUGCACAUUCCAGACCAAGGAAAAUCUCUUCUUCGUGAUGGAGUAUCUCAACGGGGGAGAUUUAAUGUACCACAUCCAAAGUUGCCACAAGUUUGAUCUCUGUAGAGCAACGUUUUAUGCUGCUGAAAUCAUUCUCGGUCUGCAGUUCCUUCAUUCCAAAGGAAUUGUCUACAGGGACUUGAAGCUAGACAAUAUCCUGUUAGACAAAGAUGGACAUAUCAAGAUAGCCGAUUUUGGAAUGUGCAAGGAGAACAUGGUAGGAGAUGCAAAGACAAACACUUUCUGCGGGACUCCUGACUACAUCGCCCCGGAGAUCUUGCUGGGUCAGAAAUACAACCAUUCUGUUGAUUGGUGGUCCUUCGGUGUUCUUCUUUAUGAAAUGCUAAUUGGCCAGUCACCUUUCCACGGCCAAGAUGAAGAAGAGCUGUUCCACUCCAUCCGCAUGGACAAUCCCUUUUACCCACGAUGGCUGGAGAAGGAGGCAAAGGACCUUUUAGUGAAGCUUUUUGUGCGAGAACCUGAAAAGAGGUUAGGAGUGAGGGGAGACAUCCGCCAGCAUCCUUUGUUUCGGGAGAUCAACUGGGAGGAACUCGAAAGGAAGGAGAUUGAUCCACCAUUCAGGCCUAAAGUGAAAUCACCCUAUGACUGCAGCAAUUUCGACAAAGAGUUCUUAAAUGAGAAGCCCCGGUUGUCCUUCGCAGACGGAGCACUGAUCAACAGCAUGGACCAGAACAUGUUCAGGAACUUUUCCUUCAUCAAUCCAGGCAUGGAGCGGCUCAUCUCCUGAACCUCACCUCUCCAGAGGCGCAAAGGGAUUCAUCUUCUGUCUGGGAACUGGCUCAAGCCACACCUCUUGGGUCCCUUUUCCAAAUUGGAAAGGAAAAAGAAACACUCAACAAUAAAGGCUAAGCCCUUUGAGCUCCUCA